AUGGAGGGCAGGGGCCGCUUCUCGCCGCUGCCCUACCUGGAGGUCUACGACCACGAGCCGCUGGGCGGGGAGCCGGCUCCGCUGUCCGCCGCGGGGCCCCACGGCAGCCCGGGCGGCCUCAAGGGCGAGGCCCCGAUGGCGUGCAAGGACGCCGCCGCCCGGCCCCGCUGCCAGGCCUCGGAGCGCGCCCGCGGGGGGGCGGCGGCCGCGGCUCCGCAGCAGGCGCACCACCCCCCGACGCCGCAGCCGCAGCGGCGCCUCUUCCGCAGCUCACCACGGGAGAGCCGCAGUCUGACCGACGUGAGCGGGAGACACCCGGACCGCGCCCGGAGGCAGGUGCCCCGCAGCCGCCGCCCCGACGACGACCGCCAGGCGGCCGCCAGGACUCUGCGGCCCGGAAGGGCCUGUUACACCUUGGCCUGGCAGCAGCCCCAGCAGCAGCAGAGGCGCCCCACCUCGGGGAAGAAAGACGCCCCCGCGCCCACCCCCCGCGGAGAUUACACCAGCCCGCGCGGGACCCAGACUCUGGAGCGCGAGCCCAGUGGAGAUCAGUGGGCCACGACGGUACGCAGGGGCCACUGGGUCCCUUCGUACGCCUCCUUGGAAAAGUCAGCCUUGCCCUCGAAAGAGCUCAGGGUCCGAGCGCACUCCCAGGAGCGGCGCGGCAAGGCCGCGGCGCAGCACGACGGCCAGGCGGCCAGCAAGGACUCUGAGUUGGAUCCCUUCCAAAACCCGAAGGACCCGCACGCCGAGUCCAUGAUCCCCGCCCGGGAUAGGAAGAUCGUCACCCUCAUGCUGGAGCGGCUCAAGAAGGCCCGGAGGAUCCAGGAGCUGCAGCACCAGGCGGCCGAGGCCUGGGAGGAGGUGAAGCGCUGCAACCAGAGGUUCCAGAUGAUGAUGGAGAAGGAGCGCCGGCUGCAGCUGUCGCAGAGCAAGGAGCAGUGGGAGCGCCAGAAGGAGGAGCGCCGGGCCCGCCUGAGCAAGGAACAGCAGGAGCGCCUGGAGACCUGGGAGAAGGAGAUGGCCUUGAGAGAAAGCAAGUGGAAGCAGCAGGUCCAGGAGCAGGAGAGCCAGCGCAAGGAGAAGCUGGAGAGGGCACGGGUGCAAGCCGAGUACCGCAAGCACUGCCAGGAGCAGAUGCUGAAAGAAAAGGAGGGGCUGCAGAAGGACCUCCGGGAGCAGAACAUUCAGCAGCUGCAGGAGAAGAUGGUGCAGGCCUGCUACAAGAGGCAGCUCAAGAACCUGGAAGGCAGGAAGAAGCUUCAGGAGAACAACCUCGCUUCCUCAGCCAAUCACCAGUUUAGGAAGGUCCUGUUGGACAGUCAGAACAAGGCCGAGGAAAUCCUGAGGAGACUGUCCCUGGAGCAAAGAACCCAGAGGUCUCAGGAGAUCCACCAGCGCCUGAUUGAGGACAGGCACAGAGAGCUGAAAGAAAAGGCCCAGAAAGAGGAAGAACAUCUUUUGUUGGCCAAGUGGAGAGCGGAAGAGACAGAGGAGCAGAAAAAACUGCAUAAGAAAAUGUUAGUGGAACUGGGGGACCUGAAGAUCCAGCAGGCUAGAGAUAACGUGCAUAAAAAUAUCAAAGACAAGGCGGACAGGAUCAGAGAGUUUAACUUUCUUCGGGAGAAAAACCAUUACUUUCUAAAGCAGAAAGCCGAGGAAGAGGCCAAGUGCCACAUUGAAGGAAUCAAAGAAGCCAUCAAGAGGAAGGAGCAGAAGAUGAACCAGAUCUCCAGGGAGAAAGAUGCCACUAUUGAAGAAUCCCGAAAGAUCGCUCAGGCCUCGUUGCAGAUGAGGGAGAAAGUGAAAGCCCUUCAAGUUUCCUUUGACCGGAUGGCCUGGGAAGCUCAGUUUAGUGCGAGUCUGCAUCAUGGGGGUAACUGAGCCUUUGGCAUGAAAGAUCUCACAAUCUAUAUGUCAAAAGAAGAAGAGAGAUGUGAAAAUGUAACACAUUCUUUUUAUAAUCUGCCUAUAACCUGGCAUUGAUAUAAAGUGGUUUUUA